AAUAAAAAAAAAUAAAAAAGAGAUUCAUUCAUAACCUACCACGAAAGCCCAUGAGAUACUUUCCUCUUAUUAGGAAAGAGAUCCCAUCCUCAGAAUCUAUAUCCUCUUCUUCUUCUUCGACCAACAAAUCUCCUCUGCCCUUCUCUCUCUGUCUGUGUCUCUGUUAUAUAUACAUACGAAUUUAGAGAAAGACACCCAUUAAUAGAAAGUUUCAGUCUUUGAUGGUCAUGGACAUGGAAGCUGGAUCUCCUCCACCCAAACAAAAGCCUCUAACUAGGCUAAACACCUUCGUCGCCAAUUCUCGACUUGGCAAGCGAUUCAAACUCGCCGAGCGAAACUCAACCUUCACCACUGAGUUACGUGCUGGCACCGCCACUUUCCUCACCAUGGCUUACAUCCUCGCUGUCAACGCCUCCAUCCUUGCCGACAGUGGAGGUCCCUGCUCUGUCUCCGACUGUGUCCCCCUCUGCUCCGACCCAACCAUCCCAGUUUCAAACUGUACUGGGUCAUCCCUCCGAAUCAUUCAGCCCGACGAUUCUUGCAAGUUUGACCCGAUUAAUCCAGGCUACGCUGCUUGUUUAGAGAAAAUACGUAAAGACCUAAUAGUAGCCACUGUAGUUUCGUCCCUCAUUGGGUGUGUGAUAAUGGGUGCUUUCGCUAAUCUUCCUCUGGCGUUGGCUCCGGGUAUGGGUACGAAUGCUUAUUUCGCUUACACAGUUGUCGGGUUUCACGGGUCGGGUAAUGUUUCCUACGAGAGCGCAUUAGCUGCUGUUUUCAUAGAAGGUUUGAUCUUUUUAGCCAUAUCUGCAAUUGGGUUACGAGCACAACUCGCGAAACUCGUCCCAAAACCGGUUCGGAUCAGCUCCUCCGCCGGUAUUGGUCUUUUCCUCGCUUUUAUCGGCUUACAAAACAACCAAGGACUCGGAUUAGUUGGGUACAGUCCAUCAACCCUGGUCACGCUCGGAGGCUGCCCGGGAUCCUCACGUGCGUCGUUAGCUCCAGUUACGACGCUAGCUAACGGCACUAUUGCUUUGAUGGCAGGCGGCACCGUUUCAGGGGAUAUUCUGUGUCUCCGCGACAGAAUGGAGAGUCCAACGUUAUGGCUUGGAAUAGUUGGAUUUGUGAUUAUAGCUUAUUGCUUGGUGAAGAAUAUUAAAGGGGCAAUUAUUUAUGGAAUUGUUUUUGUAACGGCCGUUUCAUGGUUCCGUGACACAAGAGUAACGGCGUUUCCUAACACCGAUGCAGGGAAUUCAGCUCAUGAGUAUUUUAAGAAGGUGGUGGAUGUGCAUGUAAUAAAAAGUACAGCUGGGGCUCUAAGCUUUAAGAGCAUAGGGAAAGGUUAUUUUUGGGAGGCUUUGGUCACGUUCUUAUAUGUAGACAUUUUGGACACAACUGGUACCUUGUAUUCAAUGGCUAGAUUCGCCGGAUUUUUGGAUCAAAAUGGAAAUUUUCCAGGUCAAUACUUUGCUUUCAUGUCAGAUGCUACAUCAAUUGUCAUCGGCUCAUUGCUCGGCACAUCUCCAGUUACAGCCUAUAUUGAAUCGUCGACCGGCAUACGUGAAGGUGGCCGAACAGGACUUACAGCAUUGACCGUGGCUGGAUAUUUUUUCUUAGCAUUUUUCUUUACGCCAUUAUUAGCAUCUAUUCCAGCUUGGGCAGUGGGUCCACCGUUGAUCUUAGUGGGGGUGUUGAUGAUGAGGGCAGUGGUGGAUAUUGAAUGGAAUGAUAUGAGGCAAGCUAUACCAGCAUUUGUUACAUUGAUUUUAAUGCCUUUGACUUAUUCUAUUGCUUAUGGGUUGAUUGGUGGGAUUGGGACUUACAUUGUUUUGCACUUGAGUGAUUGGGGGGAGGAACUCUUGGUGAAGAUUGGUGUCAUGAAAAGUAGAGGUGGCGGAGGAGGAGUUAGUGGUGGUUUUGACAGCAGCAGUGGCAACGGCAAUGGCCUCAAUGGGACAAAUGAGCAAGGUAGACAAGACGGAAAUGUGAAAGCAGCUGAAAUUGAAGUUUAGCAAACUAGGGUGAGACAUUAUAAUUUUGCAAUGCCUUUGUACUUAAUUUUAGAAUAUAUACAUAUAUAUCUUCACAGUUUGAAAUUUUUAAGAAAUAGUAGGGAUUUAGAUGUGGGUUUCAUAAAAGGGAUUGAUGUAAAUAUAUAUUAUUCAUGUUAUGGUUGAUCAGAAUUUUAUUUUA